CUUUCGAGCGGAUUUUCCUUACUUUUGUUUACUGUGGCAACCACUGCCACUGGUGAUAUUUUCGGAUAAAAGAACCUUUAUUUUGUCUCUAAUCAUGUUUUCUGAUGAGACUUUGGAUGGAGUGGAAUUCAAAUCGUCUUGGAAGAAGGAAAGGUGAUUGGUCAACCAGGCCCACUUAACACAAGAAGAACAUUAAGAAGGAGAAGAAGACGAAGAAGAAGAAGGAGAUGGAGAAGAAGGACAUUUAGGGCUCUCCUAAGAAACUGAGUAACCUGAACCAUGUCGUCAAGUGGAUGUCAAACAUCAGAUAUUCAGAUCAACGAUGUUGCUUCACAGGUCAUCAAGAGAGUUCACCAAGAGAUUCAGACAGUUCCAGAACCAGAAAAAUCUGUUGAUUUAAGUCUUCUUGGAAGUAGACCUCCAGGGUUAGCUGAAUUCAUGGCACGUGUCCUCCCUGAUGUAUGCAAGUAUCUGGAUGAAAAUACAAAGAGUCAUGCAUUUGAUGGCUAUGAGGUUGAUUGGGAGGAUGAGAACGAAGCAGUCACAUGCCUCCAUGUCCUGGAACAUGCCGCUCUGAACAGAGAACUCCAGUGUACCAAUCUCUCCUGGAACUCUAACGGAUCCACGCUCGCAGCGGCUUACGGGAGGAUGGAUCAUCAGGAUUGGUGUACUCAUAAAGGUUCUCUCUGUACAUGGAAUGUGGAUCGCGGUAAAGUAUCUCCGACAAAAGCAGACUCAGCAAUUGAUACAUCGAGCUGCCUAAUGUGUGUCACAUUCCAUCCCACAAUCCCUGCGUUAAUAGCUGGAGGAACAUUCAAUGGUGAAGUGAUGAUUUGGGAUCUGAGUAAGGAUGAUGACAAUCUAAUCGCUGCAUCAGGAAUCAGUGAUGAUACACACAGAGAACCAGUCACUCAGAUUACAUGGCUACAAGAUCCAAACAAACUCAAGAAAUAUGAUAUCAUCAGUACCAGUGCCGAUGGGAAGAUUCUACACUGGCUGUUCAACGAGAAGGGCGUCCUCAAACUAGAAGAAGGCUUCGUCCUGCUGGCCAGCUCUCUACCUGCCAUGGUCAACCAAGGGUCAAGGUCAAGGGGUGACGGAGAGAUGGGAGUGAAUGGAAUAUCGUUUGUUGAAGAGGACAAGAGUCAGUUUGUCUUAGGUUCAGAGUCGGGAGGAGUCUUCAAAUGCUCCAUGAACUCAAAGGCUUCUGCCCCUACUGGUGAGAUCCUGCUGUCAGUACCCCUCUACUCUCCCGUUACCUUUGCCUUUCAACCUCACAAUGGACCGGUCCAUGCUGUGCAGUGCUCACCGUUUCAUAGGAAUCUAUUCAUGUCAUGUGGGACCGAUAUGAGUAUUAGGGUCUAUAGUAUGCUGGAGUCGAGACCAAUCUUCUCAAUCGAGCCUGCGUCAGGAUACCUCUUCUCCGCUCAGUGGUCGCCGGUGCGCCCUCUAGUGUUUGGUGCAGCUACAGGUCAAGGCCAGCUUCUACUGUACGAUCUCAAGAAGAGUAAAGUGAAGCCUGUAUGUAUCCUGGAUGCCAGCCUUGAGAAGAAACCAGUUCACGUUGUACAGUUCAACCAGAGACAUCGUCGCCUUCUAGCGACCGGAGAUGCUUUGGGAACGCUCAUGAUAUGGCAGCUUAGUGAUGAGCUUUCCCUUCAAGCCAAUCGGGAGAUGGAGUCCUUGGCUGACAUUGCUGACUCUGCUCUUGAUCUUUAAACAUGGUUGUGGCAUUCAUACAAGGCUUUAAAGGGCCACUAUUUUUGCAUGUGGAAAUUCAGCUGUAUGACAAAGAAGCAGAAUUCCCAAGUUGUUGUUGUUUGUGACUAUUAACCCAGCUAGGCUACCCAUUGUCAUCUUCAUAUGUGCAUUGCCAGCUAAUUUUCAUGUUGCUGGGUUUUGGAUCCUACAACAGUGCACAAAGUUUGUGAAAUGAGACUCUCGCAUAAGUAAUAGCUUUUACCGUAAUCUGAGUUGUAGUAAUGAUGGAAAAUAAAUUCUCAUAUAACUAAAUGAAACUUAACUGCCGAUUCAAGAAUACAAAUAGGAUGAUAUUUGCCAAAUAAUGUUGCUAAAAAUGGAUCAAAGUCAAGAAAGAGCAUAAUGGGUAAGCUAAGAUAGGUUUCAGAUUCUGUUGUGAAUUCCCUCUACUGGCAGAAAUUAAUUGUGAUUGGUUGAGCUGUUUUUCAUAAUUGAAACAUAUAAGAAAUUCAGUAAUUUGAUAUUUACAGAGGUAAAAUCCUUUUUUUCCUACAUUGUUUACUGCGAUUUUUUCAUUGGGGGGGGGGGGCUGAUGUAAAUAGUAUAGUUAUUAAUAAAUUUACAUGUAAGGAAUGUAUAUGAAAACAAAAAUUAUUUAGUUGUUUUUGAAAAAGAAAUAUUCAGAUGAAAUCAGCUCUCUGUUUCUGUCACAGGUGUAUAUUUAUUAUUAGCACCUUAGAUCUUAGAACUACAAAUUUCUUGUUUACUCAAA